AUGUUGGCGGUGAGCGCCCGCCUCAGGCUGCGAGCGGGGGCCCUGCCCUUGGCCCUUUCUCGCGGGGUCGGGGCUCGGGCGGCCAGCGGCGAGGGCCCCUCCUACACCCAGGGCCAGAGCCCCGACCCGAAGACCCGCGAGUAUUUCUACUACGUUAACCAUCAAGGGCAGCUUUUCCUGGAUGAUGCUAAAGUGAAGAAUUUCAUCACCUGCUUCAAAGACCGGAAGUUCCUGGUCUUCUUCUUCUCCCGCCUGAGGAAGAACCAAAGUGGUCGAUAUGAAGAUACCUUUCCCUUUGUCUCACAUUGUGGCAAUGAACGCAACUUUGUGCGCUGUGACGACCUGCCUGUGGUCUUCACACACCUGCUGGCAGAUGGCCUAGGGCCAGCUCGCCUCUCCUAUAGUGGAGGGGGGGAGGCCCUGGCUGUACCCUUUGAACCUGCUCGACUGCUGCCCCUUCCCGCCAACGGACGACUCUAUCAUCCAGCACCCAAGCUGGCUGGUGGUGUGGGGCUGAUCCGCUCCUCCCUGGCCUUUGAGCUCAGCACCUGCUUCCAGUAUCCACCAGGAGGGGCCAUACUGCCCACCCAUAUCUUGUGGCAAGGCCAGAAAUACCCCCUAACCAUGGACCUUGCAUCCCUAUUUCCUGAAUCCUGUGAGCCCUGAAUCAUUGUACCCCUUUCUUCACCUGUUGUCUGAAUUGCUUGCUCUGCCCCAGGGAUGUGGACAUCAAGAAGAUGUAGGUUCAAACUACAGCAGAUAGUAAUCCUCAGGGAUAUGACCCUCCUAAGGCCUGGAGGUUGCUGGUGCUGGGAAGGGCAAUGGGAGGAGAGCCUUAGCAAAGAGAGGUUCUGGAGCUAAAGGUUCCUUAACAAGGAUUAAGAGAAAGACCUUCUUAUGAUAUGCUUAUUGCCUUUUUGUGACUGAGGCUGGUAAAGUUCACUAAUAAACAAGGGAAAGGGGGGCAGGGUAGGGUAGAAAAGUUAGAACAAGGGAAUUCUCCCAGCAUUGGGGAGUUGUGAGAUGUAAGGCUGAAGAGUCCUGCUGCUGCACUAUGCCAGGGAACUGAGAGAAGGGUUGAAUGGCAAGGCCGUAAAGGAAAGUGCCUUCUUCCCCACCUGUCCUCAUGUAAUCACCACGGGCCUCUCCCACAGCUUCCUGAAGGUGGUGGCAUCUCGGGCUCCACACUUUAGACACUUGAAUUCUGUUUAAUGAAGAAACAUUGUGACUACUA